AUGGGAUGGUGUAGAAGUGCGGAGAGCCUCUACUCCACUCCUCGCUAUGAAUCACGAGGAUUUACGUGCAAUUGUCCGGCUGCUUCAAACGUGCUGCACGGAGCUUGGGGCACAAUAGCACUGGAUACGAUAUCGGCAUACUAUUUAUCAUCCACAGAGGAAGAAAAGCUGGAAAUCAAGGAUGAGCCAGAGAGCUUUCGGGAUGCAACUGCUCAGAAGAAGAGAUUCACAGUUGCAGCUCUCAACCCAUGUAUCCCGUACACGGAGCCAAGUGAAAGCGAGGAUGAACAGAGUGACCUGGAUGACGAGGAUACAGAUUCCAUGGAAGGCCAGACACAAGGGGUCCAGCCACUUGGUUACGUUCAAGGAAGUCUGGCACCUGCUCAAGUAGCUAUUCAGAGCAUGAUACAGGGACAUCAAAGCCUGCAGGAUUUUCCAAACUUGAUAUUCAACAUGAUCGCUCCUGGCAGAACACAACCCAGUCACGACACAGCCUUGAAGCCUUACUGUGCGAUAGAUUAUGCUGGAACUGACAUAUGUCCCACCGAAGGAGGAGAUUUCGACAUCCCUUUUCUGAUUCUUACGAAAGAAGAGGUCUUUCUCGUUCAACACGCCUUUGCAAAAAACAUGACAAGUAUAAUCCCCGAGCUGGGCGUCUUCAUUAUCGGGUCACCUAUUGGUCGUGCGGCUAUAUUCUCACUCUACUGGACCACGGACGAAGACAGUGCGCACCGACGAUAUGGCUUCAAGCUUGAAUACCUGCUGCCUUUUAAACAGGAGAAUGAGAAUCAGAUUGCGGGUGCGCCAAUUGGACGGAUGAUUGGUGUGGCGGUUUCUCCGGUCCAGGGCAUGUUUGAUGGACCGGAAAAUGCAGAUGGCAUUGCUGAGCAACGGCAAGGCGUACAUCAGCCCAGAAGAUGGCGCAUCCUGAUGUAUUAUAUGGAUCAUACGGUGUUGAGCUUUGAGCUGUCGAAGUCGAGGGAGAGCGAGUCGCCUGAUCUGGAGGAGUUAGUUGUGUAG